UUCUGGGAGGUCAUCAGCGAUGAGCAUGGUAUUGAUCCCACGGGCAGCUACCAUGGGGACAGUGACCUGCAGCUGGAGAGGAUCAAUGUCUACUACAAUGAAGCAGCUGGUAACAAGUAUGUCCCCCGUGCCAUCCUUGUGGACCUGGAGCCUGGCACCAUGGACUCUGUGCGCUCUGGCCCCUUUGGACAGAUCUUCCGUCCUGACAACUUUGUCUUUGGUCAGAGCGGGGCUGGCAACAACUGGGCCAAGGGGCACUACACGGAAGGUGCCGAGCUGGUGGACUCUGUCCUGGAUGUGGUGAGG